GGUACGGAAGCGCUCCAGCGCAUUUGCGCCUUGACUUUUCUUCGUCAGCGCAAAAACUUCCCUUCGUCUUUGGAUCUCUACAAACAUCCGAAGCUCACAGUCGACCGAAUCAGAAUCCUCGGUCGGAGUAUUUUUCACGCCCUUCCAGACUUUCUCAGUUCUGGUUGGCAAACUUACAUGAGAAUAGAAAAUGAAGUGACGUGAAAAACUGCCGUUGUCAAAGUGGAAGUGCUUGUCGAUAUUGUGCUCAGAUAUUACAGAGAAGAAACCGCUGCAACCCAAUGUCUUCAAGUCACAGCUUGGCUCUUGAGCUUAAAUGAGAUGGUUGAGAAUAAUAGUUCUGAUCCAGUAGAUAGGCAUGAAUCUGAAAAGGGUCUCGCUUCGAGGGAACUAAAAGAUGACGUUAAUACCAAAUUUGUUCAACAUCCUGAUGCCAUGGCACUUUAUUCUCAAGCGAGAUCACAGGAGGAGGAGAUUCAAAAUCUCCAUGAACAAAUCGCUGCUGCUUGUUUAAAGGAUAUGCAGCUGCUCAAUGAGAAAUACGCAUUAGAGAGAAAAUGUGCCGACCUCCGAAUGGCAAUUGAUGAGAAGCAAAAUGAAGCUGUCACAUCUGCUUUGAACGAAUUGGCUCGUAGAAAAGGUGAUCUUGAAGAAAAUUUGAAGUUGGCACAUGAUUUGAAGGCUGCAGAGGAUGAGAGGUAUGUUUUUAUGACAUCCAUGCUUGGGCUAUUAGCUGAAUAUGGUGUUUGGCCUCGUGUUGCUAAUGCAACUGCUAUAUCCAACAGCAUAAAGCACUUGCACGAUCAGUUGCAGUGGAAGAUUAAGGCUUCUAAUGAUAGGAUCAGAGAAUUAACUUCUUUGGCGGAAAUUCAUCCCGAAACAGAGUUUCUUGGUAACCGUGAUUCUGGAAUUUCAAAAGGCCAAGUUCUCUAUGGAUCCACGGGUCAUGUUGGUAUUUCUGUUAAUGAUCGAAGGGUUAGUGAACAACUUUUGACACCGAUGGAUGACAUGAUGAGAUACUCAUAUCAAAACCAUGUGGAAGAUGUAGCAAAUUUGACGUUUAAUGGACAGAUGCGCCAACCAUUCGCUGCUGGGGGAUCUCAAGAAAUCUUACAACAUUCGAAAAGGGAUUUAGGACAUACUUUCAAUAGUGUAGCAAGAAAAGAUACCAGGAGGGAGAGGACAGGAGAUAUGGAGGACUCCAUGCAUGACCCUUCCAGUGGGAAUGAAGAUGUUGCAUCUCAUUUUUAUGAAGAGGGGCCGGGAAUUGAGGGAUUCCAGAUAAUUGGUGAUGCAACUCCUGGGGAAAAAAUUCUUGGAUGUGGAUUUCCAGUACGAGGGACUACUCUCUGUAUGUUUCAGUGGGUACGUCAUCUCGAAGAUGGCACGAGGCAGUACAUUGAGGGAGCCACGAAUCCGGAGUACGUUGUCACAGCAGAUGAUGUUGAUAAAUUGAUUGCUGUGGAAUGCAUUCCAAUGGAUGACCAAGGUCGUCAGGGAGAUCUGGUGAGGCAUUUUGCUAAUGAUCAUAGCAAAAUUAGAUGUGAUACAGAGAUGCAAACAGAAAUCGACAUGUUUAUAUCCCGAGGUCAAGCAACAUUUAGUGUGCAACUUCUGAUGGAUUCUUCGGAGAAUUGGGAGCCAGCGAGCUUGACUUUGAAAAGAUCCAAUUACCAGAUCACGAAAAGUAACACAGAGAGUCUGGUGAUCUCGGAGAAAUAUUCGAAGGAUCUCCUCAUCAAAGUACCGUGUGGGUUCUCGACGCAGUUCGUUCUGAUAAGUUCUGAUGGAUCCUCUCAUCCAAUCAGCACAUUCAACGUCCGAAUGCGCGAUACUCUUGUUCUGACCAUGAGGAUGUUCCAAAGCAAGGCAUUGGACGAACGGAGAAAAGGACGGUGAGAGACACGCAUCAUAACCCAAUUUCAGUUUCAGAUCUUUAUUUUAUUACAAUGAGAUCACAUAUAUAUAUAUAUAUAUAUAUACACACGCAAGAGUUUGGACUCAAGCAGCUGAUUCAUUUGAAAUCUUUCUUUUUUUUUUCUCAACUAUUUAAUAAAAAAAAAGAUUGAGA